AUGAUCCAGAAACUCCUGAGUCAGGUUUCCACACAGAGCAAAACCCAGGUUUUAACUCAGAGUACAACCCAGGCUUUUACACAGAACAAAACCCAGGUUUUUACCAGGAGGACAACCCAAGCUUUAACACAGAGCAAAACCCAAGCUUUUACAGAGAGGACAACCCAGGUUUCCACACAGAAGACCCCCCAGGUUUCUGCACACAGGACAACCCAGGCUUUUACUCAGAGGACAACCCAGGUUUCCACACAAAGCAAAACCCAGGUUAUUACCCAGAGGACAACCCAAGCCUUUACAGAGAGAACAACCCGGGUUUCCAGACAGAGGACCCCCCAGGUUUCUGCACACAGGACAACCCAGGCUUUUACACAGGGGACAAUGCCCCAGCUGAAGAUCUAGAGGACUUUGUCAGAGAUACAGAAAAUGCAGAAUCAACUGGUGUGGCUUCUAGUCAACAAAUUGUUCUUCGUUCUCCCAGAGUAGUUGCUGUUGUUUCAGCCACAUACUUUGGGAUUCAGAAGAUAGCUUUCUACAACGAUGAGGAUCCGACUCUGAUUAUAACCACUUUUGGGACUUUUCACAGAGGCAGAUUCAUUGUCUUUGAGUGUUUCCAAGAAAUCUAUGUAAUUGACUGCAGGAUACCUUCAGCAUUUGGCUAUGGAGACAUGACAGCUACUUACAGUUGCACUGGCUGGUUUACAUCUAAUUCUUCAUCCAAGACUGAGACCUUGGUGACAACUGUCUACCUCAGUCCUAGCAAUGCUGAUCCAAACGCAAUGCACGGCCCAGAGAAUCACCAAGGCUUUAACUCCGAGUACAACCCAGGCUUUUACUCAGAGGACAAUCCAGGUUCCCACACAGAGCAAAACCCAGGUUUUUACUCAGAGUACAACCCAGAUUUUAACUGCCUGUGGGACAAUGGAAAACUAGAAAUCUGUCCUGUGGUCCAACCAAUAAAAGUUUAA